AUGGCAUCAAAUGAACCAGUUUUAGUCGACGGGAGCAUGAAAGAAGGGGGUGGUCAAAUACUAAGGAUUUCAUCAGCGCUUAGCUGUUUACUGUGUCGACCAAUCACAGUCAAUAAUAUUAGAGCUAAAAGAAGUAAUCCAGGUCUAAGACCUCAGCAUAUGACAGGACUGCAGCUUAUCAAUGAUCUAUGUGCUGGUAAAUUACAAGGUGGUAAGGUGGGAUCCACAGAAAUCACAUUCUUACCUUCAAAGAUACAAUCAGGAAGAUUCCUUGCUGACACAAAAACUGCAGGGAGUGUUUGUUUACUGGUUCAGUCUGCGUUACCUUGCAUGCUGUAUUCUCCCUCUACCAAUGAGAUGAUACUUAGAGGGGGUACCAAUGCUGAGAUGGCACCUCAAAUUGACUAUACAAGCAUGGUGUUUCAACCAAUUGCCGAAAAGUUUGGUGUGAAGUACAACUGUAAUAUCAAAAAAAGAGGUUACUACCCUAAGGGCGGUGGUGAAGUGGUAGUUAGUACAACACCAGUAAAACAAUUGCAGCCUAUAAAGUUAACAGAUUUUGGUAAAGUUACCAAAAUAUUUGGACGAGCGUUUGUCGCCGGAGUGCUGCCAUUGAAGAUAGCUCAUCAAAUGGUAUCCAUGGCAACUACAGUGAUAACAAGACAUUAUAAAGACACCGUCAACAUAGAAGCUGUGCAAGAACCAAAGCAUGCAUCUGUUAGUAAUGGUUCUGGAAUUAUUGUUAUUGCUGAAACAAGUACUGGUUGUAGACUGGCUGGGUCAGCCUUGGGUAAAAGGGGUGUGCCAGCCCAACAAGUUGGUCAAGAUGCAGCGGAUAUGUUACUUAAAAAUUUGCAACAUGGUGGAUGUGUUGAUGAAUAUUUACAGGAUCAGCUUAUUAUAUUCAUGGCUUUGGCGAAUGGUAAAUCUACUGUAUUGAGUGGACCUAUCACACUGCACACAGAGACUGCCAUUACAGUGGCUGAAAUGUUAACACAGGCAAAAUUUACAGUUACACCAAUUGGAGAUUCCAAUCAAAACAAGAUUGAAUGUGAAGGAAUUGGUUUGACCAAUGAACAAGUCUAA